AACCAAAAACCCAGAAACAAAAUAAUAAUAUUAUCGUCUUCGUUUACAUGGAAAAUACUAAUGAUUGUAUAUAUUUACCACCGCAAACUCGACGACAACAACACGGACUGGGUUUUUCUCGAUAAAAUGACGAUCGCAACGCGUGUCGCGGGCCAGUUGUAAUUUAAUUAUUUUAAUUUCUUAUUAGUUAUUACUCAAUUAUUAGUAAUUUUCUAUUUGGUAUUAUUAAUUAUUUCGCCGUUACGUGCGGAGAAAAGUUCAUACUACUAUUGUACAUCUGCCGCUCGUGUCCGUCUUGUGUACAGUGUACUCGCUAUUCAAACAUUUCAAACUUGCCGAUCAGUUAUCGUUUUUCGACCACUUUUAAACGUGCGUGACUAUAUAGUGUAAAAUCGGAAACGAAACCGUCGUGCGUUUCGUUGUCUCCGUAUAACGUAUAAAAGUAUACUAAAGUUUAUUAACUAAACCCGCAGAUUAUAAUAUAAUUAUCACGCUAUUUUAUUUUUUCAUAUUAGCCUUCUUCGAGAAGAAUUUCGGCAGAUGCUCACCAAUAAGUAUAAACAUCGAAGAAUAAACAAUAUAUUAGAGGUGGUUGCCUUUAACACCGUUUAGACCUGUCGAUUAGCAGCAGUUGCCAAUAUACAUUAUAUACUACCACCGUACGCGUCGUAACACAACACACCUCGUGCACCACACGUUCACACAUACUUGUUGCGUUUCUGUCGCAUCAUAUGAUAUUAUAGUUUGUCGGAAAAAACGUCGGCGGCGUCGACUGCCGGUGACUGCCGUUACGACGUCGUCGUCGGCGGCGGCGGCUGACGAACGGGCCAAUGAGAAAGUGGCUGACGGUCGAUAAGAGGCGGGAACGGUGGCGGUACGCCAUUGGCGGGGCGCCGCGGACGGCCGCCGCCACCGCGUGCCGCCGCGUGUGCUGCACACGCAUUUCGGACGCCGUGACGUGCGGCCCUCUGCAGCUGCUGAUCGGCCGUGCGUGCAUUUACUGUCUUCUCAGCAGCGACCCGUCCGCUCGUUUCGCCGGCACUCUUCACGCGUUGCACCGUAACGAGAAAAUUCCCGUCCCGUUCGCCGGACGUCGUCACAGCGUUUCACGGCCGGUGCAGGUCAUGAGCAACGGCAAGACCACUACGCCGCCGGCCAACGCGGCGGCCGCUGCUGCAGCAGCCGCCGCGGCAGCCGCGGCCGCGAUGCUGUUGCACCAACAUCAGUCGCCGUCGAUGAACCACCAUCACGCGGCCGCCGCUGCCGCCGCAGCCGCGGCCUAUCACCAGCACCAGCAGCACCAGCACCAACAGUUGCAUCAUCAUUUACAGCAUCGCGCUCAACACGAACAACAAAUGCACCACCAUCACCAGCAACAGCAACAGCAGCAGCAGCAGCAACAACAACAACAGCAGCAACAGCAGCAGCAGCAGCAACAGCAGCAGCAGCAGCUUCACGGCGGGAACGCGGGAUCGACUGUGGCCGCGGCCGUUCAGGAAUCCGUGGCGGUCGCGCAACAGCAGCAACACAUCAAGCGGCCCAUGAACGCGUUCAUGGUGUGGUCCAGGGGACAACGUCGCAAGAUGGCCCAGGAAAACCCGAAGAUGCACAACUCCGAGAUCAGCAAGCGGUUGGGCGCUGAGUGGAAGCUCCUGACUGAACCGCAGAAACGGCCGUUCAUCGACGAAGCCAAACGGUUGAGGGCGCUACACAUGAAGGAGCAUCCGGACUACAAAUACCGUCCUCGGCGCAAGCCGAAGACGAUGGUACAGAAGAAAACUUCCGACACUGGUGCGGCGGUGUCCGGCAAACCGGUGUCGUACUCGGUGCGCGACCUGUUGCCGCAACACGAAGCGUCGGCCGCGGGCGGCGCCGGCGGUGGUGGCGGGUCUACCUCGGCUUCAGCCAUCGGGUCGUUGGCGCAGAUGCCGACGGCCGGCGAACACCAGUCGCCCGCCACCGCGGUGGCCGUGGCCAAAUUCCCGCGCGCCUACUUCUCGCCGUACCAACACCACCACUACCCGUCGUCGUUCUACCAACAGGUGGCCAAGGACCUGUCAACGGUGGCCGGCGGCGGCGGCGGUGGCACCGAAGCGGCCGCCGCGGGCAAAGCCGUCCACGAUCUAGCGCUGCACGCGCUCUACGGUAGUUCGCUGUACUCGCGCGCCGUCUCGUUGGCCACCGGGUGGCCGAUGAUGGCCGCGGCUGGCUCCAACGGCGGUUGUCCGGUCAACUGCGCCGAGUGCGGCCAGCACGCGGAACGUCCGGCGCAGUCGUCGCUGCAACCGUUGCAGCCGCCCCGGCCAGCGCACGAGUCGUCCACGUCGUCGUCCACGCCGUCGCCGCCCGCCCAGCUCCCGCCGCCGCCGCUGUUGUCCACCGCAGCCGCUGCAGCGGCCGUCAUCAAGCGGCCCAUCGCCUUGCUGGUCAAACCGGAUCGCGUCGGGCCGGCCGGACUACACGCGCAGCACGUCAUAUGAAAACCACUGCCGGUUCUACCGGAACCGGCCGCCGGCACAGCCUGCACCGCUGCCGCCAUGUCGGCCGCCGUCCAGUGCGGUUGGCCGCAGUCGUCGUCCUCGUCGUCAUCGCCGCCUCCGCUACCGCCGACAACGGAGUCGCCGCUUGCCACGCCGCCGUGGUGGCUCCAACAGUUGCAGCAGCAGCUGAUAAUGUGCAGCGGCGGCGGCGGCGGCCACAGGAACGCGACGGCCGCCCGCGGAUCGCCCGGACCACCGUCCGUCUCUUCCGCUUCCGCCGCCCAAGACCACCGACCGGACUAGACGUGCGCCGCGCGCAUAUCGUUCUCCACCGUCGCGGUAAGGCUUAUACUACUUAUUAUCGUGUAUGACGACGAGUAGAAGAGAAAACGGUAGCCGAGGGCUUCGGUUUUGUUUUUUUUUAUGUAAAUAAUAAUAAAUUUAUAAUAUACAGUCUUUCGAUACGCAUUGAUCAGUCGGAAGACGAGUACGUAUCUAAUAAAUAAUAAUAAUAACGAUAAUAAUUACGAUAUGCGUAUCAGUGCAGUGCAGUAGCCGGAAUAUUUGCUAUAAACGAGCCCAUAAACAGCACAGUUUUGUUAACGAUUGCAUUUUUUUUUCACCCUAAACUAAAUUUCUAUUUUCAACUUCAAACGUAAAAAUUAUUAUUUUCUUUUAUUGAAUAUUAAAAUGUUUAAGUAACUGGAAUAGCUUUAUUGAGUGAUGGUGAUACCGUCAUCAUAAAAAAAAAAAAUAAUAAUAAGGACUAUAUAAUUAGGUAGUGAAUAAAACAAUGAAAAACUCUGUAUUUUAAUAUUCAAUAUUUUGGCGUUCGAAAUUAGGUUUUACACUGAA